AUGCAAUUCAUACAACCACUGAGUAUUUCUCCAGUGCACUAUGACACCUCCAGAGCGAGCGUUGACUUUCUUUCUAGUCCUGAUAAUGCCAGUUAUAAAGACAACUUGUUUAACUUUAACGUGCCCAUCUUCCAGAUUGAAUCCGUUCAUUACAUUUUGCUCAAGGAUUUGGCAGAAACUUGGAAUUAUCCUUCUGCUUACCAAUUGAUGGGAAAGCUAUUGAAGAAUACCAGCAUGAAUAAGCAAGAUUUUUUGAAAACGAAUAAACAACUCAACGAGUCUCUUGUUGAAGGGAGCCUUAUUAAGGAUGUUAAGAUCAGUUAUUUCUAUGUUAAAUUGGACUCAAUUUAUCAGCUUGUUGGAAACAAGGAUGUAUUUUUCACGGACGAAGAGGAGGAUGACAUAGUAUCAGAGUCUAAGUCUUUCGGCGACUUUAACGAAGACAAAAUUACCGUGAGCCAAGUAUUUCCUUCUUAUGGGUUUGUUAAUUCUUCAAUAGACUUAAGGCAUUCCACUUUCAACUGCUUGACUAAUUUGUCCAAAUACAAUUAUUACAAGUCAGUGGAGAACUUCAGAUUCUUACCACAUUCAAAGCUACUACCCCUGGAAUUGGAAAACUUGUACAACGUGAACGACUACUCCAAAUUAGAACUCAAUAAACCGGAUGUAAUUGUCAAUAACAUCAAACGGAGAAAACCUUUAGGAAAACCCAGAAAGAAUGCCAUCAAUAUUGACCCAAAUUCUUUGGAGCUUAAGGAUACUGUUAUUCCUGGACAGGGUUUUAUUCAAGAGUUCAAUAUCAACCAUGUUUGUAAAGUUCCAAACUACUAUAUCACGAACAACCUGCAGGUUCUUACUUCUAAUUCUUCCAGCAGUGCUUCGUUGUUGAAUAACUUGAAUGCGAGCUUUCUUAACCUCCCCAAGAAAAAUGAUUCCAAGUUAGCCAGAAAUUUGUCUCAGUUGGCAUUUAAUAAUGAUUAUGAAAACUUCAACUAUACCAAGUACUUUUACACCAAGACAUACAGAGGCCCAGGAAGUGGUAAUUAUAAAGAUGCUUCGCUUGUCAAUAGAAUCAAUAAAAUUCCUGUACAUCAGGACUUUUAUAAAGUUUCAAGCAAAAGGCAUUUGAAGGACUCCAAUAAGAAAAGAUAUAAAUUACAUUUGAAAGGCUUAACCCAUGAGAAGUUUAACAAGGCUUAUGUUGACCACAUUUUAAGAGGACAGAGAAAGCAGGUAGAAGAUCAUGAAAAUAUGGAAAUGUUACAUAAUACAUUGCAAUUCAAUCUAUUGAUUAAUACUUACCGGGAUAUUUCAUUCGAUACUUGGAGUAACUACUUCAAAUUCAAAUUCAUUGAUUUUGAGCAGUUGGUGGAAUCCAAACAUGAUAGUGAGGAGUCUAUUAGACAGCCCUCUACUUAUGGUGGAGUUGGUUCAAAGCAUCUCCUAAAAAGAUUCAGCUUACCACAAGAUUACAACGAAAUAAUCAGAAGAAUGCCACUUGAAUUUCGUGAAGACAUAAAAAACCCCUUAUAUUUCAACAUGAAGACAUCUGAGUCCAAUAAUUCCCAAAUGUUGACCAAUAUUGAUAUCAUUAAGUUACCGAAUGCGAAUAUAAUAGGUUGGGAUAACUUAAAAAAGUAUCUGGAUAAUCGGGAUACCUAA